AUGGGGGGUAACACGGGAAGAAGUGACCACAAAGCUAAUGGUAAUUCUGCUGCUUUCCGCACCGAUAGCGCCAUCUCUGGCGGCCGCUUUGGUGCCGAGAGGCAACUGCAGAGAUGGGUCCCUGAUGAUGCCGACACGUUCGACGUGACAUUGGAGAGAUCCAAGGAUGGCGGUCACUGGGACCAAUUCGAAGAGAAUGAGCGCCGCUUUGGUAUCAAGUCGGACUACGACGAGAACAUCUAUACUACACAAAUCAACAGGAGCCAUCCUCAACACAAAGAGCGCAUGGCGGCUGCGGACAAGAAGGCUCGCGAGAUCGAGCGCAGCGCCGCCGCCACAGCCCACGUUGCGGAGGAGCGGAUCAUGGAUUUUGUCGGAGGCGACAACAAAGAUGACGAGGAGGACAAAUACAGUGGCGUCAAGCGGCAGGACUUUCCUCCUCUGCCUGGCAGCAGAGAAAACAAGUAUACUCCUCCAGCUCGUCGCGCGCCCGCCGGCGCCUCGACUGUGAAAGGGGCCCCGGUCGACCCUGCCAUCAUCUCAUCCCAGCUCAAAGCCCCCGCCAAGACGUCGCCUGCACCCAAGGUGGAUGAGAGCAAGAGCAAAGUGCCCAAACCCGAGACUGCUCCUGCGCCGAUACCGCCCAAGGCUACAGAGGCAAAGCCGGAGCCGAAGGAGGAUGCCCAAGCGAAGCCUACCGACGUCAAAGCUGCAACUCAGGCAGCUGUGCCGCUGAAGACUACGCCUGCAGCUGGUCGUACAGUCUCUCCCCAGGGCAAAGAAGCUGCUCCCAGCGCUACCUCUACCGUGGAGAGAGAUGUGCUCAAGGAGUUCAAAACAUUUGCAAACCAGCAACGCCUCAACGCGGAGAAGGCUCGCAGUACCAAGGCCAAGGCUGACAAAGAGGUUAAACUGACUGAGCUGAAGAAGUUUGCGGACAGCUUCAAGCUGCCCACCUUGGUCCCUGUUGAUUUGAUCCCGAUCAUCGCCAAAGACCCUGCGAAGCAACGCGAAAUUCAAGAGAAAGCCCAGCGGGACGUUGACCUGAUGGCCAAGCGAAAAGCAGACGAGGUCGCUGCGAAAGAGAAGAAGGCCUCCAUCAGUAAGGAGACGCCUGCCGCUACUGCUGUUGCAAGUUCGACGGAGCCCGCCAACACUACCACCAACAAUGCAAAGCAGCCAGCUCGGGCUUCAGGUGUACCGAGCAAUGCUCAGCCACCUGCGGGACAGCAGCCUCGUCACCAGAACAACCGCGCAAGCUAUGCCCCUCCUUACAACCAGUACCAGGGUGGGAACCGACCUGGCCCUCCACACAUGCAAGGUGGACGUCAGUCGGGCGGCUUGUCUGCGCGUAUUCGCAACAUGGAGCAGCAAAAGGCUCAACAAUCCAUGAUGCAAGGGGAUUUGCGCAUGCCUCCCACCGGACCCUCGAACACUGGCGCUCCCGCAUACAACCGCCCAAUGCCUUCGAUGGCUAACCACAUGGGCGGCAAGUUGAAUCCCAACAGCCAUGAGUUCCGACCUAGUCCAUUUGCCGCAAGCUUCAGCCCCAAUGGGCAUCCAAGUGCCACCUCGAGCCCUCGUUCGGGGCCGAACAACGCGCCUGAGGCCCAAUCCGCAACUGGUUCUGCUCCGUCUCUCGUUGUCGUCACGAGAAAGAGGAAGGCUGUCGACUCGAAGAAGUGCGUGAUCUUGUCCUUUGUCAAGACCGUUGCCCCUCCAGAGAAUAAGAACUGGAACGAGAACGAUGGACUACGGCCAUCCUACGACACACUCCCUACGUGGCGCACAAUUGCGGACAACGAGAAGGCCGACUCGACCAUGCACAUGACCUACAACGAGUACCUAGAGAAGCAGCCUUUCGCGGCCCAGCCCACUCCAAACACUGGCCAUGCCAUGCCACAGCUGGCGCAUCAGCACCAGCUCCCGUUCCAUCUGCAGCACGGAGCCCAUAACUAUGGCCCGCGACACUCCCCGCAUGUUCCGCCUGUACAGAUGCACGGCGGCCACCAUGGCCCUGGAGCGCAUGUCCCGUUCAAUGGGAGCGACGAUCAUCGGAUGAUGCACUCAAACUCUACGCAGUCAUACUCGUCACCUAGAAUGGGACAGGUGCCAAUGGCCCAUCCUCCCAACAUGAACUCGCCUGGCCAGAUGCCAUAUAACCAGCCUGGUAUGCCGCAAUUCAUGGGUGGUGGGCAGCCUGGAAUGAAUCAAUUCAGUCGCAGCUUCUCCAACAACGGCUCAUACAUACCCCAGCCAGGGGCUAUGGGUGGGCCUAUGAUGAUGCCAGGCCAGUUUAUGAACCCACAGGGGAUGGUUGGCCCUCCUCAGAUGCACAUGUACCAGUCUGGACACCCGCAGUUCAUCCCACCAGGCUCUGGACCCCCACAGCAAAUGCCUGGUGCGAACGGCUACCCGAGCCCCGGCAGACCGUCGGCACCCAUGAUGGUCCACCAAGGCUCUCAGCAGGGUCAGCAGGUGUACGGAAUGAGCCCUGGCAUGCAUUACCAGCAGCCGGCCUUUGCGCCGCAACAGCAAGGUCCCAUGAAUCCUUCACGUGGUUACAACAAUCAAGGCCCGCAACAUUUCGGCACAAGCCCGUCACAGAUGCAUCAUUAUGGACCCCAGCGGGGCUCAAAUACCAGCUUCAAGAACUCCCCAUCUCAUAACUCGCCUGGGACACAGAGUGGACAGCCCACACCGCCGGCACAAAGCCGAGCACCGGAGGCUCCUGGAGAGACGAAGUGA